AGGGCUCCAAGCCCCGGGGAAGCUCACUCUCGCUGUCUGCGCUGCCGAGCCGGGUGUCCCUCUCCAGCGCCACAGCUCCACUGCCCCUCACCAUGAGCACCACCACUGUCAGGCAGUACUCCUCCUCCUCCUCCCUCAAGGGCCUGGGGGGCCUGGGGGGAGGCUCCAGCAGGCUUUCCUGCGUGCGCGGAGGAGGCUACAGAGCCCCCAGCGUCCACGGAGGCUCCAGCAGCUACUCCGUCUCCUCCCGCAUCGUCUCGGGGCUGGGCAGCGGCUAUGGGGGCGGCUACUGCAGCAGUGUCGGAGGGGGCCUGGGUUCUGCCUUCGGGGGUAGCUAUGGGGCUGGCUUUGGGGCUGGCUUCGGAAGCGGCUUUGGAGGCGGCUUCGGAGGUGGCUUUGGGGGUGGCGAUGGCAUCCUCCCGGCCGGCGAGAAGGAGACGAUGCAGAACCUCAACGACCGCCUGGCCGCCUACCUGGACAAGGUGCGUGCCCUGGAGGACGCCAACACCGACCUGGAGGUCAAGAUCCGGGAGUGGUACAAGAAGCAGGGACCUGGUCCAGACCGUGACUACAGCCCCUACUACAGGACCAUCGAGGAGCUCAGGAGCAAGAUUCUUGCUGCUACCGUCGAAAAUGCCAACAUCGUCUUACAGAUUGACAAUGCCAGGCUGGCGGCUGAUGAUUUCAGAACCAAGUUUGAGACGGAGCAGGCUCUGCGCCUGAGCGUGGAGGCCGACAUCAACGGCCUGCGCAGAGUCCUGGACGAGCUGACCCUGGCCAGAGCUGACCUGGAGAUGCAGAUCGAGAACCUGAAGGAGGAGCUGGCCUACCUCAAGAAGAACCACGAGGAGGAAAUGAAUGCCCUGCGUGGGCAGGUGGGUGGAGAGAUCAGCGUGGAGAUGGACGCUGCUCCCGGAAUCGACCUCACCAAGAUCCUGACCGACAUGAGGGAGCAGUACGAGAGCCUGGCCGAGAAGAACCGCAGGGACGCCGAGCAGUGGUUCUUCAGCAAGACGGAGGAGCUGAACCGCGAGGUGGCCAUCAACACGGAGCAGCUCCAGAGCGGCAAGACGGAGAUCACGGAGCUGCGACGCACCAUCCAGAGCCUGGAGAUAGACCUGCAGUCCCAGCUCAGCACGAAAGCAGCGCUGGAGGGCACCUUGGCCGACACAGAGAACCGCUACGGCACCCAGCUGGCCCAGCUGCAGGGGCUGAUCACCAGCGUGGAGGAGCAGCUGGGCGAGCUGCGCUGCGACAUGGAGCGCCAGAACCACGAGUACAGGGUCCUGCUGGACGUCAAGUGCCGCCUGGAGCAGGAGAUCGCCACGUACCGCCGCCUCCUGGAGGGCGAGGACGCCCAGUGCGUGCAGGGCUUUGCUCGG